AUGAAGAAAGCCGUUGCACAUUUAAUCUUAUUUAUGGAAGUCAAACGUCAAGCUAAGUUUGCAGCUAACGGAGGUGAAGGAAUAGAUACUAGUCCACAACAUGCUGAUGUUCAUUAUAAUGGCAAAAACAUAGCUUGUGUCGUACUUGGUUUUAAUAAUUAUAAGGUUAUAGAUUUAUGUGUGAUGACUCCAUGCGAAAAAAUUAUUGAAACUGCUCUUAAUGAGAAAGCAGAUAUUAUUGGUCUGUCAGAAUUGAUUACACCAUUCUUAGAUGAAAUGAUACAUGUUGCUAAAGAAAUGGCUUAA